GCUGGUUCACUUUCUCCUCACGCUUGCUAUGGUUUUGCCAGUUACGAAUCAAUGGCAAUGCUUACCAACGCAAGUCCCUUUACUAGAUAGUAAUUCAAAGUAUGUUACAUAUUACGAAGGGACUCUGCCUCUAAUUCUUGCAGCUCCUCACGGUGGACGCUUAUUUCCGACCUCCAUUCCGGAUCGUACAGCUGGUAACGGCACUGUAACAGUGACAGAUGCCUAUACGAAAGACGUGGUACUAGCUAUAGCCAAAAAAAUUCGAGAGAGAACUGGAGAAAGCCCUCAUGUUGUCCUGCUACAACUUGCACGCACCAAGGUAGACGUCAAUAGAGAAAAAUCAGAAGCAAGCGAUUCAGACGCCGGUCAAAUGGUUUGGCAGGAAUAUCAUAAUACCAUCCAAUAUGCACUUGAGAAGGUGAACCAAAAUCAUAAUGCUGGCCUUUUCAUUGACAUUCAUGGCCAUGGACAUCCUGAAAAUUGGAUCGAAUUAGGUUACCUACUUGAUAAUCAAACUUUACAGCUUUCAGACGAAGAACUAGACCAUAGCAAAGCCAAAUCUGAAGCAUCUAUUCAAAAUUUAUCGAAACGAUACCCCGAUAUAAUGUUUUCAUCAUUUUUACGUGGUAACAGUUCAUUAGGAACACGCCUAGCUUCUACUCAUCAUCUGCGAACCACGCCUUCCAAACAAGAACCAAAUCCAUCUCAGAUUAAAAAGUAUUUUUCUGGGGGUUAUUGCACACAAGCAUACGGCAGUAGAGACAGUGGCGACUUUGAUGCUAUCCAAAUUGAAUUACCAAAACCUCUACGCUUUUCAGCAUCUGGUAGAGAUCAGGUUACCACCGCGUUAUGCGAGAGUUUAGCAUGGAUGCUUCAAACGUUUUAUCAUGUUGAUAUGAGAGCGAAAAUGUAACAAUAAAUUGACUAUCAAAACCGUUCUAAGAAAUGUGAAAGAAAUGUUGGAG